AUGAGAUACCCAGACUCCGUGAGGUUCGUUGUGUCCACGUUGUCGUGGACAUUGCGGGCAGGCUGUGUGGCCCACUUGGUACACGAAUACAUCUACGAAUUUACAGAAACCAGAGGUGAAUCCAUGCUUCCUACACUUCAAAGUCAUUACGACUACGUUCAUGCGUUGAAAAGGUAUAGAUUGGGAAGAGAACUUGACAUUGGUGACUGUGUGGUUGCUGUCAAGCCUAGUGAUCCCAGCCACCGAGUUUGCAAAAGGAUAUCUGGUAUGCCUGGGGAUGUGAUUCUCAUUGACCCGUCUUCAUCGUCCGAGUUAACCAAUUUGCCCACAGAGGUGAUACUGCAUGAUGGCUUCAACAAAUACAUAAGGGUACCCGACGGCCAUGUUUGGUGUACUGGAGAUAAUUUAUGCCAUUCCUUGGAUUCCAGAUCAUACUCGGUACUCCCAAUGGGACUUAUUACAGGAAAGAUUGUAGCAGCCAAUUCGAUGAACCGAGGAGUUACUACAGGAUGGGGGUUCAGAUGGAUACAGAACUCUUUCGUGGAUGAAAGCGAUGAUUAG